CCGCAUGACUCGUCUCGUGUCGACCGUGUUCUGGUCGUGUUUGUCUUUUGGUGUUCCACCUGGUGUCCUAGUGACUAUGAAUGGACUCCGGUCCUGAUGAGGUACCAUCUGCUACACAGGCAGCACCAGCCAAGGCUCAGGGUCCACCAGUAGAUGCUCCUGCAUCUCCAUCUGUGAAGAGACCUGAGCCCGUUCCCCAGGAGCUCGUGUGUCUGAUGCCAGAAGCAGCACGUCAUCCUUUAACAGAGCCGACUGUCACACUUCCUGGUGAGCCAUUCCCCAGGCCAAUAGCCGUCCCCACCGGUCCUCCUCCACAGCUUCCUGGCUACGACCAUGACGUCAGCCAGUGGACUUGUUCACAGCAGCAGAGGAUCUGGAUAAAGACGGAGCUGGAAGCUAUGGGUCUCUGGCCAGGAUCCAUUCCUGUGCGGAACCCCAUGAAGAUGGUGUCACUGUGGCGUUUCCCUCCCCAGCCGGAAUUGAUCGACAGCAUCUCCGAUCUUCCUUCCCCAAAGUACUUUCAGCUCCAUCCCUUUUUCAUAUGGAAGCCAGAAAACGAUAACCUCAUGGGGAGAAUGAGGAACAACGACACUCUGCCGUGUAUGGGAGGUUGUGCCCGGCCUCAAGUUGCCUCUGCAGGUGUUGGGAGACCUCGUGUGGUUGUUGGUCUCACUGGACAGUAUUACCUGCUCUCAUCCAGGCUGUGCUGCAAGGUCUGCAAAAAGAAGUGGUACGCUGACAACCCACUGUGGCUGGAGAAGUUACCAAAGAGGUACACAAACCUCUUGCCAGCCAACCUGACCUACAAGAAGGCGAUAUGUAAAUCUGUCAUGGACGAGCUCAGGCGGACCGGUAACUCCCCCGCCGACAUGACGAAGCAGGUAAUGGAGGUGAUGCACCUGAAAUUUGAACGUGCUCACCUGGCCCACCUCCUCAGCUGCCAAAAUGUCAUGGAUGGGGAGGCGGGACACUAUGACCAAAGACCCAUCACUCAGUUCUUGCGUCAGGCAACCAAGCCGGCUCCCUUCGGCGAGUCCAGUGAUUCAGAUGCUGGAACGUACAAACAGCAGGAGAGGGCCAUGAACACACUUUUGCAGGGUACCUUUGGACAGGCUUUCCGCUCAGACCACACACGCAAAAUUGCAAGGAAGGUCACCUUCUCAUCCGGCAGCAUGUCCUCGUAUGCAGUCAUGAAUGAAAAUUGGAUGAUCCUUUCAUGGGUGAUGGUGCAGUCCGAGACGGAGAAGUCCCUGGAUUGCUGUGCAGCAUUCAAAGUGGCAGAAUCCCAUGCAGGAGAGCAUCUGAACUGGGAUUCUUGGCAAACAACUGAUGCCAUCGUUGCCCAGGCCACUUCUGGUAACCUGCUGAACACGUGUGCAUGGCGGUCCCAUUUCAAUGGGAACUUGAGCAUCAAGCUGGACUUGUUCCAUUGCAUGAGGAGGUUCCUGCGUGAGUGUGUGACGGAGCAUCAUGCACUCUAUAGCUCUUUUGCUCAGUUCCUGUCUGCAGCCUUUUCUGUGGUGGAUCAGGAAGACCUGCAGCAGCUUAAAGACGCCUAUGCCUUCUGUGGAUUCAGCUUGCCAACCCAACCAAGCAGGACCAGGAUCACAGAGCCCGAGGAGCUCGUCAAGCGAGUGGAGGGAGUGUUCCAGCAGUUUCACCUGGCCAGUGAUCCAAAUGGCGUUCCCCUCUUCAAGCCCUCUAUGCUGAAGGUGUGGCGGAUCCAGCGCGUGCACAUCCUGCGAGGUUGCCUGAGUGAUCCUGUGGUUGAAGGAGGGAUUUUGUAUCGGCGCGGAGGAUCAGUGCAGCUGAAUCACGUGCAGGGUGAAGGGGCCAGAGUUCCUGUGUGGAUCCCCAGCUGGAGGGAUAUCACUUCCACCAGGCUCAGUGGGUGA